UGAAGCGCUCGUGGUGACACGCUGUCGCGUGAAGUUAACCGCGCGAGGGGAGUUCGAGUCUCGAGGUUCGAGGUCACCUUUAUCCGCAGUUACGUUCAAGUUGCGAGCGACGGCGAGCGUGAGUUGCGAGUGUGAGUGUGAGUCAGUGAGUGCGGUUGACGUCUAUUCGGAGAUACACCGACGAACGAUGUUGUAAACCGUUUUCGAAGAAACCGCAUCGCCGCGGUGCUCUUAUCAAGAGGUUGAAGAUUGUCGUCUCUUCGCGCAGCGAGGAGUCACAUAUAGGGUAAAGAUUGAACGCGGCGAGAAAUGUUGGCGAGCAGCCAGAUGGACGUUCGAGAAAGUCACAUGUAUAGCUGUUUGCUAGCUCGCUUUGAUGUUGACACUUUGAGGUACGAACAUUAAACGAGUACAGAUUCUCCACCGCGACGUGGGGAGUGGUGACGAUGCAAAAUAACUCCAAAACCAGAGAAAUGUUUAUCGUCCGAGCUUUGGAGAAGAUAUUGGCUGAUCGAGAUGUCAAGAGAUCGCAUCUCUCGCAGCUCAGGAAAUCUUGCGAAUCUGCGCUUGAGGACCUCCGCAAUGAGAUCAAAGAGGUGCCGGUCGUACAAGGUGAAGAGGUGACCUCAAAUGCCCUUCCGCAGCCCAAAAGCGACUCGAAUGUUAUCACCGCGGAAAAGUAUUUCUUACCGUUCGAAUUGGCAUGCCAGAGCAAGUCGCCGCGGAUUGUAGUAACCGCGCUGGACUGCCUGCAAAAGUUGAUAGCGUACGGCCAUCUCACCGGGAAUGUGCCCGAUUCGACAGAGCCAAACAAGUUGUUAAUUGUGCGUAUUGUUGAAACGAUCUGCGGUUGCUUCACCGGCCCGCAGACCGACGAGGGUGUGCAGCUGCAGAUCAUCAAAGCUCUACUGACUGUAAUGACGAGUCAGCAUGUGGAGGUGCACGAAGGCACGGUAUUAUUGACGAUCCGUACCGUUUAUAAUGUUUAUUUAGCGUCGCGCAAUUUGGUGAACCAAACGACCGCUCGCGCAACUCUCACGCAAAUGAUCAAUGUAAUCUUUGCACGAAUGGAAACGCAGGCCGAGGAGGAGAAUGUGAGACUCGACGGCGAACAUCAACAACAAGAGGCUGCUGUUGUGGCGAACGGUGAGGCCGAGACCGAAGUAAACGCGGAGAAUGCCUCUGACGUUGUAGAUCCUCAAACGAUUGUCAAGGGUAUCCUAGACGAUGUGGUGAAUUCUGUGGUACCGUUGGAAGAGGAAGUUAAUCUGGAAAAUGGUGGUCCGGAAGACAACGGCGACGAGGCGACCGCCGAGAAUGACAACAUGGUCACCGCCAAAUUUACUCAUGUGCUGCAAAAGGAUGCGUUUCUCGUUUUCCGCGCUCUCUGCAAACUGUCUAUGAAACCGCUACCGGAUGGCACACCCGAUCCGAGAUCGCACGAGCUUCGAUCUAAAAUUUUGUCGCUGCAGUUGCUUCUAGGAAUUCUACAGAACGCUGGGCCGGUACUACGCUCUAACGAGAUGUUUGUCAUCGCUAUUAAGCAGUAUCUGUGCGUCGCAUUGUCUAAAAAUGGCGUAUCCUCGGUGCCAGAGGUGUUUGAACUCUCGCUGGCGCUAUUCCUGGCGUUACUUGCACGUUUCAAAGUGCAUCUCAAGAUGCAGAUCGAAGUAUUCUUCAAAGAGAUCUUCAUGAACAUUCUCGAGACCUCCAGCAGUUCUUUCGAGCAUAAAUGGAUGGUCAUACACGCGCUUACGAGAAUUUGCGCAGACGCCCAAAGUGUUGUUGAUAUUUACGUUAAUUACGACUGUGAUCUCUCUGCGGCGAAUCUUUUCGAACGACUUGUCAAUGAUCUCUCUAAGAUUGCUCAGGGUCGCCAAGCCCUGGAACUCGGCGCGUCACCAAAUCAGGAAAAAUCUAUGCGCAUUCGGGGUCUCGAGUGUCUCGUAUCCAUCCUGAAAUGCAUGGUAGAAUGGAGUAGAGAUUUGUAUGUGAACCCGAGCGUGCCAGCAGAUCAGCAGCCACUCUCGGAUCCACCAGAUCCAGCACCGGAGACCCUGCUGCCGCGCUAUGGCAGCGCUGGCAGUCUCUCAUCGGCCAAUUCCAGUCUGAUCGGUAACAAGGAAGUACCGGACUCGCCGGAACAAUACGAAGUACAGAAACAGCAAAAGGAAGUGUGGGAAACUGGCAUCGAAAUUUUCAGCCGGAAACCCGGUAAGGGUGUGCAGUAUCUGCAAGAACAGGGACUACUCGGCACCUCACCGGAAGACGUAGCCAGAUGGUUGCACCUGGACGAGCGGCUUGAUAAAACGGCCAUCGGUGAUUUUUUGGGUGAUCAUAAUCACAAUCAGGUAAUGUAUCACUACAUCGAUCAGAUGAACUUUGCUGAGCGCGAUUUAGUAACUGCGCUGAGGUACUUUCUGGAAGGCUUUCGACUACCUGGUGAGGCGCAGAAGAUUGACCGGCUAAUGGAAAAGUUUGCCAGUCGCUAUUGUGAAUGCAACCCCAACAACGGCCUCUUUACUAGUGCAGAUACAGCUUAUGUUCUUGGUUUCUCAAUCAUAAUGCUGACCACUGAUUUGCACUCACCACAGGUUAAGAAUAAGAUGACCAAAGAACAGUAUAUCAGGCUUAACCGACGUAUCAGCGACAAUGAGGACCUUCCCGAGGAAUACCUUUCUAGGAUCUAUGAUGAAAUCGCUGGUAACGAAAUCAAGAUGAAGUCAAAUCCCAACAACAACCGGCUUGCCGGCAAACAAUUAAUCUCCAGCGAGAAGAAGCGACGAUUGUUAUGGAAUAUGGAGAUGGAGGUGAUUUCCACAGCAGCGAAGAACCUAAUGGAAUCUGUCAGUCAUGUUCAGGCGCCGUUCACCACGGCGAAACAUCUCGAACACGUGCGUCCGAUGUUUAAGAUGGCUUGGACGCCGUUCCUCGCGGCCUUUAGCGUCGGCCUGCAGGACUGCGAUGAUACAGAAAUCGCGUCGCUCUGCUUGGACGGCAUCAGAUGUGCCAUUCGUAUCGCUUGCAUUUUUCACAUGAGCCUUGAACGCGAUGCCUACGUGCAAGCGCUGGCGAGAUUCACUCUGCUAACAGCUAAUUCUCCCAUCACUGAGAUGAAGGCGAAAAAUAUCGAUACCAUUAAAACUCUCAUUACGGUAGCACAUACCGAUGGCAACUACUUAGGAAGCUCGUGGCUUGAUGUCGUCAAGUGCAUUUCGCAGUUGGAAUUGGCACAGUUGAUUGGCACUGGGGUACGGCCGCAGUUGCUGGGUCCGCCGUCGAAACCGCAUUUCCCGUCACCGUUGGCAAACUUUGGCAAUCUUGCAUAUUCUGCCAGUUCGCACCAAACCAGUAAUCUCAAUCUAAGCUCGUUAGAUCCCAGUGUAAAGGAAUCAAUCGGCGAGACUAGUUCGCAGAGCGUCGUCGUGGCCGUCGAUCGUAUCUUUACCGGUUCAACGAGACUUGACGGAGAUGCCAUCGUUGAAUUCGUCAAAGCUCUCUGCCAGGUCUCUCUCGAGGAGCUGGCACACCCCACACAACCCCGUAUGUUCUCUCUCACAAAAAUUGUUGAAAUCUCAUAUUAUAAUAUGGGCCGUAUCAGAUUGCAAUGGUCUAGGAUCUGGCAAGUCAUCGGCGACCAUUUUGACAGAGUGGGAUGCAGUCCUCGGCAAGAUAUCGCUUUCUUUGCCGUAGAUUCUCUAAGGCAGCUGGCUACAAAGUUUAUUGAGAAGGGCGAAUUUGCCAACUUCAGGUUUCAAAAGGAUUUUCUCAGGCCAUUCGAACACAUCAUGAAGAAGAAUAGGUCACCUAUGAUCAGAGACAUGGUUGUUAGGUGCGUGGCGCAGAUCGUUCACUCGCAAGCACCUAAUAUUCGAUCUGGUUGGAAAAACAUUUUCAGCGUUUUUCAUCAUGCGGCCAGUGAUCGUGACGAAUCCGUCGUUGAACUGGCUUUCUCCAUGACUGGCAAAAUUAUUAAUGAGCUGUAUGCAGAGGAUUUCAGCAUUAUGGUGGACUCCUUCCAGGAUGCUGUCAAAUGCCUGAGCGAAUUCGCGUGCAACGCAUCUUUCCCGGACACCAGCAUGGAGGCCAUACGGUUGAUACGUUCCUGCGCAUCCUAUAUCGAUGCGAAUCCCCAUCUGUUUGCCGAAGGUAUGAUGGACGAUAGUGGGAUGGUUUCCGAGGAAGAUCGAGCCUGGGUAAGAGGAUGGUUUCCAUUACUGUUUGAAUUAUCCUGUGUGGUGAGCAGAUGUAAAUUGGAUGUCAGGACGCGUGCGUUGACAGUACUCUUUGACGUUGUUAAAACUCAUGGCGCGUCUUUCAAGCCUCAUUGGUGGAAGGAUCUCUUCCAGGUUCUCUUCAGAAUCUUUGAUAAUAUGAAACUGCCCGAGCAGCAUACCGAGAAAGCCGAGUGGAUGACAACAACGUGUAACCAUGCGCUAUAUGCCAUUGUAGAUGUUUUCUCGCAGUUUUACGAUAUUUUGGGUCCCUUAUUGCUGGAGCAGUUGUAUUUUCAGCUUCUCUGGUGCGUUCAACAGGACAACGAGCAACUGGCCCGAUCGGGCACCAACUGUUUGGAAAAUCUGGUCAUUAGCAACGGUAUCAAGUUUGACGAGCAAACCUGGGAGAAGACUUGUCAAUGCGUCUUGGAUAUUUUCGAAAGUACCUUGCCGUCCGCUCUUCUCACGUGGAAACCACAGUCGCCAAACAAGGAGUCCGAUCUCGAUGUAAUCACUGGUGAAUCCGAUGGCCUCCAUAUUGGUAUUCUGAAGCGGAGCAAUAGCGCGCAGAGCCUGAACACCGAGUCUCUGCCGAAGGCGAAGCUUUUUUCCGCGUUACAAAUCAAAUGCGUAGUCCAGCUCGAGUUGAUACAGACUAUAGACAAUGUUAUCUUUUAUCCGGCGACUUCGCGGAAGGAAGAUCAGGAAAAUCUGGCACUCGCACAGGCCGAUAUGCUGAACGGCAAGUCAUCAGAACUUGUAAAAGCUAGCGCGGAUCAACAAAAAGAGGAACAGGGAAUGUACUGCGCUCUGACAACCAAUCACCUUUUACAACUAGUAGAGUGUUUGCUACGAUCACAUCGUUUCGCAAAGAAUUUCAAUUCGAAUCACGAACAACGCAACGUACUAUGGAAGGCAAGUUUUCGCGGAAAUGUAAAACCAAACUUGUUGAAGCAGGAAACACAGUCGCUUGCCUGCGCACUACGCAUCCUCUUCAAGAUGUAUAGCGACGAAGCACAUCGCGUAGACUGGCCCAAGGUCGAGGAACGACUGGUCGAAGUGGCAUGCGAGGCUUUGGAAUAUUUUCUUGCACUUGCCAAUGAGGCUCAUCGCGAAGCUUGGACGCCGAUCUUACUACUGCUGCUUACGCGGAUCCUGAAAAUGAGCGACCAUCGUUUCGCAGUUCACGCCUCUACUUGCUAUCCUUCUCUCUGCGAGGUCAUGUGCUUCGAUCUCAAGCCCGAACUUAGAUCGGUAUUGCGUAGGUUCUUCCUCAGGAUUGGACCAGUCUUCAGAAUCACACAGCAGUAG